UCAUUACGUUGCCUUUGUGUUCGAGAACGAUAAUCCCGAUAUUCUUUGCUGAAAUGAAAACAAAGUACCUGUUAAGACUGCAGUAAAUUGUGGAUCCAUAUUAUUAACUGCAAUGAAACGGAAUCAAGAACCCAUUGAAACCUGUACCUAAAAGUAGAAAUGUUCCGUUGGAGCUGUGCGCACCGCUUGUCUCGGAGCUUGUGCCAAACCCGAUUUCUAAGUACUGAUCCGUUACUGGACCAAUUGAAAAUAUGCAUAAGUGAGGAUCAGGUGUUUCAACUGGUUGGGAAAAACAAGGCCAGGCUAUCUGUUACACAUGUGGGUCAUGCCAUCAACUUGCUCUGGAAGUUUCAGAAGGAGAAACCCAGGAUGCUGAGAACUAUUGACCAAGUCAGAGGGCAUCCAGAAUUCAUUGCCCUUCGUAUUUUAGCUGAGAAUAAGAUUGAGUUCAUGGAGGACAAUGCCCUGGUUGAAAUAUUGUACAACAUACUCAGGUUCAGUGUGGAACCCCAUGAUUCCCUUGUGCAACAGCUGGUUAUGGAAGGCUGGAGAAGAUUAGAAAGGUUUAACCUGAAAGAAAUAUCUAAAUUUGCAGUGUGCCUUGGAGAGCAGCACAUGCAUAUGAGCCCCCUAAUGGGACACAUAGCCAGCAUUGUGGAUGGAAUCCUGGAUGAUGUGCAAGAUGCCAGAAUCCUCUCUAGUUUAAUGGUCAACAUACAUGGUGUGAUUACUCCAAUGCUGCGAGACAGAUUGGUGGAUAAAGCAGACUCUCUCAUGGAUACCCUAGAUGUCUCACACUUCAAUCACCCCCGCAGAAUCGUACAGUUUCUACGAAAUAUGAAACACACAUACAGGCCACUGCUGGAGAAAUGUAACAAUGCUUUCCUUCAGAACAUUGGCCAAAUGGACCCAGAAAAUCUGUCUAUCAUCAUCGGGCUGUAUCAAUCUUUACAGUAUAACAACUCAGAGUUCCGCCUAAUGGCUCGAAACAGGCUGAUAGAGAUGGUGGAUCAAUGUAAUAAUGUGGCAAGCUAUACAAAAUUGUUUGCUGCACUCGGUCCCAUGGCAGGGCAAGAGACUAGAGAAAAGCUUGAAGAGGGCAUCCUUACAAUGGUAGAUGGAAUGAAUCCAAAUCAAUUAUUGGCCGUCCUGGGAACAAUGGAAGAAAUGGAAUGCAGAAAUACUCUUCUUAUUGCAAGAAUCGCUUCCCUCCUACAGAAGUAUUUAGGGAUUUACAGGCCUGUGGAAUUGGCCAGAAUCACCCAAGCAAUAGUCAACCUGCGGUGCCAGACCCCUGAAUUGUUUUCAAUGCUUCAGAAGAUUUUAGAACGCAAUUUAAAAUCCAGCUUUAUACCAGGAGAUGUGGCUAUGCUGGCAAGAGUCAUCUCCUCAUUGCCCGCAGCCCGAGUCGAUGAAGAAGUCUUUUCUAAGGUUGAUGCCAUUUUGCCACAGUGCAGUCUUAGUGACCUCAGUUCUCUGGCUCUUGCUAUUGUGAAAUGGGUUCGAACUGAACAGCCAUCACGCUACAGCACCUCAGGAGGUUUAGGGAAUCUUCUGCAUAAGUUAAACACCUGUGGGCAUGAACGAAUCACAAAAAUUGACAAGAUUGACUUGUUUUUAGAAGAACUUAAAUACAUUACUGGGGACUGGCUGGAAGAGGUACUUUUGAAGGACGCUAUAAGCACCUGUGAACGUUUGAUUGAUCAAAUCACGUGGAAAAACUUGCCAGAAUUCGCACUUUUUAUCACUCGAACCAACUACCUGUGUGCCCCAGUUCUGAACAAAAUAGCAUCUGUAGCAACAGAGGAUAUUACAAAGAUUCAUUACAACGCAACAUAUGCAAUCCUGCUUCCCUUUGUUGUUCUGAAUUAUGAACCCCCCAAUGGUGAAGCCUUCUUUGAUGCCUGUAUCCAGCACGUCCUUCCUCACCUAAAUUCAUUGGAUCCCCACCUUGUGGUGCUACUGGCUUACUCCCUCGCUCUUGCUGAAUACUUUCCAGAAGAGCUUAUAAAGGCUGUAUUCAACAUUGAUUUCUUGGGCAGGCUGGAUGCACAGCUGGAAACCUUUUCAAGUACUUUAAACUUGAGGAUUCGCUUGCGCCUGAUGGAGCUAAAUCGUGCAGUCUGUUUAGAAUGUCCGGAAUUCCAGAUCCCCUGGUUCCAUGAUAGAUACUGCAAGCAACUACAACACAGAGCUAAUGCCGGGAUAAGUUCAGUGCAGCGCCAGAUUCACCAGCUGUUGGGUGAAAUUCUUGGGGGAAUUAAUUAUGCUAAAGUAUCUGUGAUGACACCUUACUACCACACUAUAGAUUUUGAAUGUAUUUUGGAUAAAAACAAGAAGCCAAUUCUUUAUUUGGAUCAGAAUGUGCUGUCAGCUGACUUGUCGAAAGUGCAAUGGGGAAAUGGCGGUCAAUUACAAGAAACCAAGUCCCUUCCGCCAGGAGCUCAAAGAGUGGCUAUCGAAUUCCUGGAUUCAAAGGCAUUCAGCAAAAACUCUUCUAAUAUCAAGGGGGAGUAUAUGAUGAAAAAAAGGCACCUGGAAAUACUGGGAUACCAUGUACUUCAGAUUUCUAGUUUGGAGUGGAACUCAAUGGAACUAUCAACAAAAGAUGCCUGGAUGGAUUACCUCAGGAAACGGAUAUUCGCUGAUGAUUUAUGAUGAUGUGUUAGAUUUAUAUAUAAUUAUUUUUUAUUAUAAUAAAAAUGUUUUUUCUUAUAA